AUGGGAGCGAAUAGCUACCACAACGUGAGCAACGGCGCUCGUGGCGCGAGCCCGCCGAUGGUAAGCCGUGGCGGCCCGCCCAUGCCGGUCGGGGCACGCGGAGGUGGUGGUGCCCCACCUGCUGCUGCGAUGCGGGGAAAGAUGCCGGUGCCUUCCCCCUCGCCACCGCCGGGGAUGAAGAUGCAAGUGAAGAUGCCGCCGGGGCAGAUGGGGAAAUCCACAGUAAUGAUGCGGGGUGGCAAGAUGAUGAUGAUGCCACCGCCGCCGGAUGUGCAUCGAACAGCGAGUCCGACAACAGGCGCGCGCUCGCUCUCUCCCGUUGGCACCGACGGCGGGCUUUCAUCUGGGAUGCCGGGCACGCCAAGUCCCGGUUCUCGACGCGCCUCCUCUGCCGCUGCCGGUCCGUAUCCGUAUCCGUACCCGCCACAGUUCGCGGUGGUGAAUGGCAAGAAGAUGAUGGUGCCGCCGGGUACGAAGCUACCAGGACCCACACCGCCAGGGAUGCAAAUGGCUGGCAAGAAGAUGAUGAUGAUGAUGUCAGGAGGACCACCUGGGCAACAGCAACAGCAACAAGUGAAUAGAAGCCAUCUCCCGACGUCUCCUCCUCUUGGUCCCGGCGCUAAGCAACCCCCGCAGCUGCGCAUACCGAACGGCGCUGCGCUCAUCCCACCUAGUACGAAUACCCCUCCGUCUCGCGGCGGUGGACUCUCUCCGGUGCGUCGUGGAUCGAUGCCCGGCGCUGGCCCACCCGUUUCUGGUUCUCCUCCCUCUCCAACACCACAGCAGCAGCAGCAAGGUUCGCUGCCGCUGUCUCGCCUCUCGCCCCCUCACCCCGGACAACCCCCACCGCCGCCGCUGCACGCAUCCCAGCAGCAGCAGCAGCAGCAGCAGCAGCAGGCCAACAAGAAGCAUAAGUCGGGUUUUAAGAGUGGCCUGUCCGGUGCGCUGAGCUUCUUUAAACUCGGCAGCAGCUCCGAAGAUGAGGAGUACGAGAAGAACAAAGCACAUGGGCAGCACGAAACGGCGAACAAGCAGCCGCAGCAGCAAGGGCAGCAGCCGUCACACUCGCCGCACCCGAGCGGGUCUUCGGCACCGUCCUCACCCGGACAGCGGCAGCCGACGCCGCCCCACAAUGAAAUGAUGACGGCGCAGGGGAAAAGAAUCAUGAUGCCGCCUGGCACGAAGCUGCCGCCAGGCAUGCAGGCGCCGCCACUCUUGCCGGGUCCUGCCGCACCAACGGAGCAGCGCGGGAAGUCGCCGGCGGGAGCGCUCCACAGCGGACCGCCAUCGCCACCGGGAGCAGUGAAGAUGGUGAAGAUGCCCGUCGGCGCUCACCCGCCGCCACCACCACAACAUCCACAACCGCAGCCACAACGCUCGGCGAGUGUCGGCAGCUACACCGCAGAAACGCCUCCCCGGUCCCCUUCAUCUUCCGUGCCACGUGCGCAGUCACCCAUCGCGCAGAUGCCGCAGAAAGCUGUCAUGAAGGCGCCACCGGGAGCCGUCCUCAUGAAGAAGAAAAUGGUGAUGGCGGCGCCACCUCCCUCCGGGGGAGGCACAUCUCCCCCGCAGGGCAGUACCGGACGUCAGAGUCCAGACCGGCCGCCGCCAAGUAUGAUGCUGAGCCGCUCAGGGAGCAUCUCUGUCCCACUGAGCAUGUCAGCACCUCCGUCGCAGAGGCAGCCACUUCAACCGCCACAGCAGCAGCAGCAGCACCCUCCAUUCCCACCUGGCGCGCAUCUCGUCAAGCACAUGAUGGGACCCCCACCACCCGGUGCGAAGUUGAUCUCCUCUCCCCCCGCCGGUUUCCACGUACCGGACACCGUACCGCUGCUUACGUCCCCGUCUCCGCCUGCGCGUCUGCCAACUGUGCUGCCGCCCGCCUCGUCCGGUGUGCUGCGCGUCCCGAGCACGACGGUGUUGAAGGACGGGGAGCUGCCGGAGGCCGGCGUGCAAACCCCACCGCACCCACGGCGCCGACGUGGUGAGAGCAGCGACGACAGCGACGACGACGAUGAAGGCGCCAAACCCAUCGACACGCAUCGGACAGUGAGCAGAGGGCGCGGACGCGGGAGUUCGCGCGGUAGUACGAGUAGCGGUGGUGCGGCCUACGAGGAAACCCCGCCGACGGAGGAUGUUGUCCCUACGGGCUACGCAGGGCAGGGAGACUACGAUCAACAGCAACAGCAGCAGGAGGAAAGGGAUGUAGGUGGGGAGCACUAUCGCGAUCCCACAAGGGAACUUGAGGACGAUACUGCGGCAGAAGGCGGCGCCGCCGCGACCCCCAAGAAGCACACGAAGAGCGCCGGUGCGGUGCCCUCUUCACGCGCAGCAGCAGCAUCUUCUGCUAUUCACGCGCAGGGGAAAACGCCAUCGGCGCCGCUGCCCCCCGUGCGCCAAACAGCCGUCAGCGCCGCCGCCGCCACCCGCAGCGCCGCCUUAGCCGCCAAAAGAAAAGAAGACGCAACGAAGACGAAGACGGCGGCGGAGGACCACAACAAGGCGCGCAAGACGACACAAAGUCGUCGCCCGACAAAGCUAGCCGAGGUGCGUCGUGCGCCGAAAGCCGCGGCCGAGCCGGCCUCUCCGCAGGAGGAAGACACCACGCAGAAGCCGGCCAGCCUGGACCGCAGCUCCUCCAGCGUCGUGUCCACGCCCUCCCCUUCCCACUCCUCAUCGGCCAGCUCGCACGCCUCGGCGCAGCAUCCCGACAGCAACGUGCCGAACGCCGCGCGAGAUGAAAACACCGGCGGCGAGGCGAAGAAAAAGGAGGAACGCAGCAGCGGCAGCCGCGGUGGUGGUCGGCGCCGCUCCCCCUCGCCGCGGCCGCAGGCCACCAAAGCAAAAGACGCAGAAGAAAAAAAUCGCAGUGCGUCGCGGAAGGGGCGUGCUCGCCGGUCCGCUUUUGCGAGCGAGGACGACGACAGCGGGUCGGAGCGGCUGACGAGUCGGGAGUUGUACCGCCUGGUGAACGCCCUGCGUGGCGACAAGCGAAAAGACGAGGACGGCAGGAAUACGAGGAGCGUCUCCGCGCGACGUCGACGGGGCCUCCGCAGGCGUGCCAACAACGACGACGAUGACGCGGCGGCUGACAACAGCGACGCAGAGGCAGGAGGGGGAGAAGAGGGGGACGACUGGGGACUGCGCUCGAAGCGCAGCAGCAGCUGCAGCAGCAACAGCGGCAGCGGCAGUCCACACCGCCCACAUCGUCAUCGUCCGUCGCAUGCCUUGUCCGCUACUCGCCAGCGACAGAAAGAUCGAGAAGAAUGGGCCCCCCGGCGGCGCAGCAGUCUCCCCGCCUCCACGGUGGGCAUCCCAUGGCGGUACACCAGUGCCGGUCGCUCCUCCGAGCCGUUUGCGACCCCGCCGCCGGUGCGACGCCCGCUGGGAUACAUCAACGUCGGCGGUGGACGCUACGCGCGGGUGGGGGGCAGCCCGUACGCGAUUCGGCCCGCCUCGGCGACUCGUCGAGGCAACGCCGCCUCCGUCGGUUCCAUUCCGCUAGAUAUCAGCAACACCGCGCACGAUCGCCUUCACGCACGUCCGCCGGGCCGAUCGCUUCUCUCCGACGGUCUAGAUCCGGCAACGUCGGCGAUUGUAGACGCGCACGACAACACGGUAGUGAACGAGGUUCGGGCCAGUGCCCUAGCUCGUCGCGGCAGCCCGCUGUCCCGCACACGUGGGUCGGCCGCGGCGUACUACAACCAGCAAGCGCAGCCAACCCGAUCCAUUCAUCUCACGUCUCCGCUGCGUUUUCCGUCGCCGGUGUGCCAGGAGACGGUGCUCGAUGAGAGCGUCUCGACGGCGGACUCGCAGCACCCGUACUGCGUGUCGGCCUCCGCGUUGCUGCCUUCCAUGCGAGCGCUUACGCCGGUACGACGGUCUCCGCAACGAGACAAUGGACACUGCGAUCACCAGCUUUUUGCGUCCCCCACGUCUGCAACGGCAUCAGCAGCCAGAGAACCGAUUGUCGAGCGGAGUCUCGAGAAGCAACCCGCCACGGGCAAUGCCGACCGCGCCAACGCGCGGACAUCAGUGGCAGCCUCGCCUGCGUCCACCGCCAUCGACGCGACUGCCCGCUCCCCUCUCGGGGCUCUUCGGCGCAGCGCCUUCUUUGAGCAGCUCCACAGCGGCAACGUGCACCGAAACGGUAUCAACCACAACCGCCGCGCCGAUGCCCCUGUCACAUCAUCCGCCGCGAUUGUUGGCGGCAACGGCGGCGGUGACAACGCGGGGUGGGAGUGGGCACGGCGCCGUCCCGCGACACCGACCGGGAGUCGUCUGAGUAGUGUAAGUCACAACAGUGCUCCACCGUCAUCAUCGCAACAGCAGCAGCAGCAGCAGCCUGCGAAGACGAAGGCAGCGGGAAGUGAUGUCGGCGGGUCGGCCGUGCCCAGGCUCAUCCCGACCCUCAGCAACUCCGUCAGUCCGAUUACGCUGGAUCUACCAACAUCCGCCGACGCAGAUGCAGCAGCAGCGGCAGCAGCACCGGCUGCGCUGUCUCGCAAUCUCCGCGCCUCCACACCUGACGUCCGUCAUGCGCUGCCGCAACAGCAGCAGCAGCAGCAGCGUCCCUCACCCUCCUUCAAAGCGCGCGCCAACAGUGUAGGGGCUGCCGUGUCCGCCGCCGCUGCGGCCCCCCGCAACUGCAAUAGCAAUAACAAUAAUAAUACUAACUUCACUCCCGACCGCUACCGUCCGCCAUCCCGCACGAGGGAGCCGCUGCACUUAACCCGUGCCACCAUUGCACGUCUCAGCACGCCGCAGCAGCGACGAGGCGCGGCCACAACUGCGGCGAUGCUCCAUGCUACUGCCGGCCAUCGCAGCGCCAACGGGGAGGUGAAGAACAGCAACGACAGCAGCACCGUACGGACCUGCAGCAAGUGGUUAGACGAAAUACUCGGCUCGACGACGGUCACCCCGACAGGAGUGGUGGUCCGCGAGGAGGGCCAAGACGCCGCUGCCGCUGUUGCUGCCGCCGCCGGCGCGCUGCCCAUCGUCGACCUCCGCAGCGAGUUCAAGCCGCGUGUGGCGGAAAUCGAAGGGAGUGUGCCAGGGAGAGCGGGGAAGCGCGCCGCAGCCGCUGGUGCUGCCAUGCAGGACCCCGACGCGCACGACCACACCCGCGACUUCACCGGCUCCCGUCCCCGGCCGCAUAUCCCAACGAUCUCGUUUAAGCACAUGAUCGGGGUGCGGCGGCAGUCGCCUACCACAGCAGCAGCCACAGAAUCGGAAGCCGCUGCUGCCGCGGCGCACCCCAACGUCGUCGUCCGCGGUGUGAACGGAGUGAGGGAGGGACUGCCGUUUGAGAAGUACUCCACCCUGCGCCUUGCCGACCCAACGCGGCGGUCGCCGUGGGCGCUCGCACCGGAGCGGGAGGGCCUCGAUGUGCUGCCCGGCAGGCCGGCCCUCUCCCGCCGGCGGCGCAUUCCUGCGUUAAACAGCAACGGCGGGGCACGCCCGAUCGACGCGGAUGAAGCGGAGAGGGCCAGCAGCACCGCCGGCGGCAGUGGGAGUCCCCAUCGCAACGACGGGGACGAUAGUACGCAAAGGACCGCGACGGCGAAGGCCAGCGGGGCAACGGUGGUGGAGGAGGUGUACUUGGAUGAGCACCGCCGACCGUAUUUGGUGGUGCGGCCGGUGCCGAACGCAGAGGCGGCGGAGGCGCAGCGGCUGGCGGUGGCGCGGCUGUCGCGGCCGAAGCCGAUCUAUCAGCGGGCGGACUGA